AUGGUGACGGGUUUAGAAAACGAUCAGCGUGCUAUUGAACAUGGAAAGAAGAUUCCGUUCGUAACCGGAGAAACUUUGGUUGAUAAAGUCAAGACUUUUGUGUUACAACUGAUGCAAGAGUUUUUAGCUCAACACAAAUUUGUGGAAACUUUGGCAGCACUACAAGCUGAACUUGAUCGAAAAGGAAUUACAAUCUCUGACGACCAGCUAUGGGAGGAUAUGUGCAAUAGUUGUCGUGGAGCAUUGACAAAACGAGGAUCAAGUACAUUAGAGAAACUAAUUGCCUUUUGUGGCUCGACAAAUGUAAGAACAACGGAGUCGAAACCUUCGGUCACGCUCUCUCUCGCUUCGCAUCCCACUAGCAAAUCAAACUUUCAACAAACUUCUCUUUCAUUAAAUCGUGCUUAUAAUCAAAUGCUUUCGCCAGUAGUUCGACCAAGUCAACGACACAAACAUGAAAUUUUACCACGUACAUCUCAAGGAUUUCGACGUCGUUUUGAACCAAAGUCACUAGACUCUGAGAUCAAAGGUAUCUCCAUUCCUGAGUCCAAUGAAGGUAAUAUUGCUACAAUUUCUGGGGUCAUUGAAAUUAAACAACACCUUACGCAUCGAAGAAAGCAUCAACACAAGAAAUCGCAUACCUGUGAUCAUGACAGCAAGUGUAAGGUACAAGCUAAUAGCUUACCAACUAGUACUUUCAUGACUAUGACAUUUAAUGAGCGGAUGAAACGCGAUGUAUCUUGUGGAAGAAUCGUAGCGCGAGACCUUCGUCACCUUCGUAAUGAACAACGUAAGUGUGAAUUGAUUCGUCGCGAUAUUGAGACGCAACAAGCUGCACUUUUACGACAUGAUUCUUACACAAAUGAAGUCGCUCGUGCACAGUAUGGUUCGGUUCAUCGACUAGACUGUGCUUUGUGCUCAUUUUUAUUUCUACCUGUGAAUCUGCCGUACAUCGUAUCAUUUAAGUGCAUCAUGGAUUUACAUGCAUGUUGGGGCUAUCAAUCUCGUGAGCGAGAAGUUGCAGCUCGAUAUCGACCUCCUUUAUGUUAUGAUGCAGUUCGGGUGUGCCGAAUGUGUGGCCCAAUUCUCUUUAGUCACACAACUGCUUCACCACUUGCUUAUGACGACCGGGUGAAGGCAUUGAUGGGUCUAAACAAAGUCGAUAUCAAGACGAAAACUCCCGAAUUAACACUUUGUUCGGAUCCUUAUGCUUUACCACCACUAGAUGGAAACGAUGUGAUUGAAGAUGAUCUUUACAUAGGUGGAGAAGAAGAGUUUGAUGUUUAUCAAGGCAGCUAUGGCAUACUAGAAAACUAA